CCUUACCCAAGCACCAAAGCCCCGCAGCGUCCCGAACGCGCCCCUUCCCUUUCCCCGGGGCCCGCAGAGGGAGGGGAGGGCGCGGGGCCGGGGAUACCCCAGGCGCCCAGCACCCCCCCCACGGCCGGCUCAGCCCCCCCUCCAUGUGCAGCGCCGAGCACCCCGCGGCCGCCGCCCGCCCCCGCGGCGGCUGGAGGCCGGGCCGGGGAGGGGAGCUCCGGCCGGCCCCCGCGGGGCGGAGGUCACCCGCCUACCCCCGCCCUCCGCCCACGGCCGCCGCCGCUCGGGCCCCGCACGCAGGAGGAGGCGGCGGCUGCGCCCGCCCGGCCGCCCGCCCGCCGCCGGGGAGCUGCGGCGGGGGCGCAUGGAGAGACCGGCCGCCGCCGUGUGCUGGGUUCUUUUCUUCCAUCUUCCUCUCAUCUCUGGAAGCUCCAUCCGUAUUGGAAUAGGCAGCAAUUAUUCCAAUCUCUAUGAACAGAGCAUUCUGCCGUGUAAAAAGGAAGAACUACAGUGCGGUGACGGACUCUGCCUCUUAAACUGGCUGCGCUGUCACUACAAGAAGGACUGUGGCAGAGACUACAUGUCCAUCAAACUAACAUGCUCAAAAGUUCACCUGAACCAGAGCAGCCCAACUAGUGAAUUCCCCAGCUACGGAGAAAAUGGCAAUGAUACUAGUUUACUUGUUUCACCCCUUCUGGUAGCUGGAGUAGUGAUCGGACUUGUGCUAUUUCUGUCCUGUGUUACAAUCAUCGUUGGCAGUCUGCGAAAGGACGGGCGGUUGCGACACCCACAUCCGAGGAGAGAUGCUGUUUACGCUCCAGAUGGCUUCUCUUACGGUGGCUCUUUUGGAGAGCUGAGAUCCACCUGCAUGGAGGAGUUUCCCCCAGCUUUUGACUUUGGUUCCUAUCUGGAUACACUUUCUCAGGUCAACGUCAUGUAUCCCGAUUCACCUCCACGCUACGAUGAAUGCGUGGGGCCAGGAGCAACACAAAUAUACAUUCCCACAGAUGAUCCCCCCCCAUAUUCUCUUACGGACCCUUGUCAAAGAAAUGAAAUAUCUAUAAACAUUAGCCUGGAAGAGGACGCAGCAUCUGGGACCACAGGACAGGCUGCAAAUUACGCGGUCAGGCUGCAGGACUUGCAGCAGCCCAUUUCAUCCAUCUCUUUGUCGUCUCUCGCUCUGGAGGCUGCUCCCCUGUACGAGACGGUGGUGCGUGAACAGAAUAUCCCCAUCCCGCUUGUCCCAAUGGAAAUACUGAAAAAUUCUUCCACUGACUAUCAGACCCUUCUGAACCAAAUCAUGUGAAUAAAAGUGGCUCUUUCCUUCAGUUCUUCUGAAGAACUCAGACUGACAAAAACAUUCAAAUGGAAGAAUAAAACCUCCAAAUUUUUAUAUCUUUAAACAGGGAUGCAAUGGGAUUUUUUUUUACAGUGAAUUUUGAAAGUUUACCUAAGCUUCCUUCUUUGUGCUUCAGUGUUCCAUGACAUCACACAACAUAAAAGAGCAGCAGUAACAAGCAGCGCAUCUGACCUUUUUGAAGCAUUUCAAAACACAUUGCAAUCAGCCACUCUUAAUGUAGAUACAUGUUUAUCCAGUCAAGCCUACUUGUUGAUUUUAUGAUACUUUGCAUGUUUUAGAACAGAAGGAAAAAAGAAGAGUAUUUUGUUGUCUUUGUAGGUGUCACUAGUACAUUUCAUUCAGUGUCUUGGCAACAAAGCAUUUUUAAAUAAUUCUUUGUCUAAAUAUGUAUUUCAGAAGACAGAGACAGAAUGCUGCCUGCAAAACAUAACUAUCAGUACCAUAUAGGAGAAAAAAAAAAAGAGAUAUAAUAUUUUGAUAGUCACCUUGUUCCUUUGGAAAGCCCAGCCAGGGCCAGGCUGUCCAGAGCACUGCAAAGCCUGCUCUAAGUCUUCCCCAAAAGAAAGCGGCAGCAAGCAAUGGAGAGGUGGCAGUGGAUCCCCAAACUCCAAUUGGUUUUACCUAUGGAAGCUGUACCACAGCUGCGUGCAGGCUAGGAGCGACAUGCCCCUCACAGGGACUUGGUAUAGCCAAGGGAAGGGCAGCGUCUGGAACACCGGAAGAUGCUCCAUGCCAAUUCCCAUACACGACUGCAUUUUCAGUCACUAAGUGGUCUCUUUCUUCAGUAAGAAGCUGGUAGUGUUACAAAGGACCUUGACCUCUAGUAAUUGCAUUAGCAUGAUGUAAAUAAUAGAUGCUGGACUCGCUAUGGACAGUAACAGAGGACCUCACUCUGUGCAGAAAGAAACCUCUUUUGUUAGGCAUGAUCCUUUUCACUGAAAUUUUGCUACCCACAAAUUCAUAGACCUGGACUUCUCACACAUUCCUAUGACAAACGCAUACGAGUUGGAGACACACACCAGCAGGAACAGCAGAGGUAAAUCACAGAUGUGGGAGUUUAAUCCGGCAUGGUACACAGGUACCCUAUCUCCACAUAAAGACUAGAAUACAUCUUCAACCAGUACUAGUUAGCAGAAUUAUCAGAGGCUCACCACCACUAAAUCUCUUAGAGGUAUUUUCACUAAAAUUUUACACUGAUAAAACAGACUUCAGUUAACUACCCCCACUGAAGGAUAUGUAAAAAUGAGUAUAGUAAAUAUAUAGUGGAGUUUAAAAGGAAGCAUCAUACAAAUUAUUAAAAUUGCACUUAGAUUUUCUGUAAAUACCAAAUAAUUUCCAACUGUAAUCAUCAUUCAACCCUCCAAAGAUUGACACAAUUAUAAUUAAUACUUAGAUGGGAAGUAAUUAUAUGGUUCUUACUGCUGUAUAAAUUAUACCAUUACUGAGUCAUACGCACAUGAUGAGAUAAGGUAAGUAUGCAUUCUUUGCUAAGUAGAUGAAGAGUAAAUAUGUAUUUCGCUAAAAGAAUUCUUUUGCAAUUCAGCAAGAUUUCCAAUAUUCUCAGUACACUACACCCAAAACAACAAAAAUUCAUUGCAAAACUGCUGGCAGGCAUCGCCAGAACAAAGGCUGUAUUUCACAUUAUUUUUAACAGACAGAACUAUUCCUCUUUAAAUUAUUAGCGUAAAUAGUUUUUUGGAAUGCAAAGUAUCCUGCAAUAAGAGAAGCAAAACUCUACACCAUCUAUUAAAAGCCAGAAAUUAAAACCAACAUCGAAGUAUACCAGUCAGUUUUACUGGCAGGAAAAUAAGAAGUGAAGGAAAGCACAGAGGUUUACUUAUGCAGAAUAGGACAUGCUUUCAUAGCUGUGUGUUCCUGCAGCUCUUGGAGACCUGCCUAGAAUAGGGUAAGACACUGGUACCGGACCCUGCUUACUUCAGGCUGCUGGUGGGGAAGUAGAAGGGGAAAUCUAAUGAACAAAUAUUAGAAGGCAAAUGUGAUUUUUACUUUUUUUCAUGAAAGCGAAUCACUUUUACCUGUAACAUGGCAAAUCUGAAGGUUCUUCUGAAGACAAGCACAGAGGGUUUUCACAUCUGGCAGGCAAGCCUCUGCUGCGUUACAGUUGCUUACAGUUUCUGUACAUUUUGGGAAAUCCUUUCAGCCUGUGUGGCUUUUAACCUGACAGGGAUUUCAUGACCUUCCAAUAACUUUCUGUCUUUUGUGGUUUACAAAACAAACUAAUUUUAAGUAGGCUUGUGAUGAAAGUGGGAGAUUUGUAUUUUACCUCAUGAUAGAAAUGCAUUACUACGAUUAUAGAAAACAAAUCAAAGUCUUUCUUCUUUUGAUAACAGUUACGCAUCCUUCACAUUGCAAUCUGGAUUGUAUUGUAGCAGCAUUACUUACAAAUAGCUGUCUACUCCCUCUUGUGGUAUACUGCUUUAUAAAGUCAAGUCAUCUAGUUAUCACACUACACAGAGGUCACAAUGAGGGACUCAUCCAUCAACAUAAUUCCAGCUUCUCUGUCUCACAAAUAUGGAAGCCAACCAAAACAUACACUUCAAUACUGUAGCAUUUUUCCAAGUCACCACUAAGUGCGGAGGUUAUGUCAUUCAUUAUAAACAAACACCUUUAGAAAAAACCAAACUGUGAAUUAGAAGUCAAGUAUGCUACCUUCAGCGAUACCUUAGCACGCUCACAUGCAGGAGUGGCUUAGAACAUUCUACUCCUUGGUCUUUUUAACCAGGUGAUAUCCAACAAUAUUGUGGGGAAAAAAAGCUUAUAAUCCAACCCACAUACCUCUGCAAAUGGACAAUACUAGAACAAGAAGUUUAUAGCUCUAAAGCUGCUCUAACAGCUUCUGCUGCUACUACUGGAACCGUGUUGGAAUUUCUUGUAAUGAUGCAAUAAGAACAUAUUUUCACUUACUGGAGAAUAUUUAAGAUCCCGGAUAAAUCUUAGCAAAGCUGACAGUGUCUCCUGAUGAGGAGACAAUUUCUCUCUUAAGAAAUUCAUAUCCUCCUAUCAGAUUUUAUCCUAAACUCUCAGAUAAUUUUAUUGCCAGUCCUAGAACAGGCUUAACACAGGCCUUUCAUUUAUUACAUGAUUAAUACCAUAAAGAAAAUUGUUUAGACAUGCUGUUUCUUGCUAUGUGAUAACAAUACUGUAUUUCUGUAGUCACCUCUUUUGCUUCAGUUUUUAGUAUACUGAUCUUUACACAAAACUUUUAGUA